AUGAGUGUGGCUAGUUCUCUGCUGGUGGUUGGAGCCGCAGCAGAGCAACCAUUGGGAGGGAUUACGGGGUAUCUCAAAUCUGUAUUUCUGCUCGAUAUUGCGCUGUCCGAGACGGAAUUGAGGUACUUAAUGAUAACGGAAGAGGACAAACCGAUUCCCCGUUUGUAUUUAAAAGACCGGUUGGAGAAUACCGUUAGCGCGAGACAGGUUAUUGACCCCGAUGCAGAUGAAUACAACGCCGCCUUACCGGUGCUUGACGACUCGGAAUUGUUGUCUGUAGAGCUGGUCUUCACGUGGGAUCUAUGGUGA